UGAUAUAUUUUCGACAUCCCUAAUACACACUUGGACGGGGAGAGAAAAAUUAGGGCCACUGGGAAGGCUGAAGUCGCACACUUGCUUGGCUAGCUAAUCGAAUCGACUACAACGCGCUGCCGACGACCUCCCGCAGAUCAUCGCCAUCAGAAAACACGCGACGCGACCCAUCCUCGUCCACACCAGCAGCAAUUGAUCGAGUGUCAAGAAGCAGGACAAAUGGCGGAAAACGGAAUGCGUGUGCCAGGGUCAGCCGCGACGGCGGCAUCUUCCGCCGGAGCUGUGACCACCAGCAGCACCGGCACUAGUAACGGGGAGCACGAGAACGAACACAACGCCAGUGCCGACAGCGAGAAGGCCCAGCCGGCGCCGGCGAUCCAGAAGUACAUGCAGGAGCUGAUGACGGAGCGGUCCCGCAUGGAGAAUCACUUUCCGUUGGCAGUGAAGCUAAUCGAUGAGGCUCUGGAGCGCGUGCAACUGAACGGACGCAUCCCCACUAGAGACCAGUACGCCGAUGUCUACCAGCAGCGCACUAUCAAGUUGUCUCAGAAGGUGCACGUGCCCAUCAAGGAUAAGAAGUUCAACUAUGUGGGCAAACUACUGGGCCCCAAGGGCAACUCGCUGCGACGUCUGCAGGAGGAGACGCAGUGCAAGAUCGUCAUACUCGGCCGCUUCUCGAUGAAGGACCGAGCCCGCGAAGAGGAGCUGCGCAACUCUGCGGACGCUAAAUACGCCCACCUGAAUCUUCCGCUGCACGUCGAGGUGUCCACCAUUGCCCCGCCCGCUGAGGCGUAUGCCCGUGUGGCCUACGCCCUUGCCGAAAUCCGUCGCUACCUCACGCCGGAUAAGCACGACGAUAUCCGUCAGGAACAGUACCGGGAGCUCAUGGAGGACCCGGAGGCGGCCAAAAAGUUGACGCUGCGUCAGUUGCAGCAGCAGUCCAAUGCUGCGGCCACCGGAGCUGUUGGUGGGGGCGGAAACGGAGCAGCUGCCGGUUCGGGGGGUAAUAACGGCAAUGGUAACCAGCGCUCUGGCGGCAACUACAGACAAAAGUUUCCGCAGCAAUCGCACUAUCAUCACAACGACGAGACUGUCUACUAUCGCUCACACAAUAACGCCUACCACCAGCCAAAACCUUUUGUGCCAGCCGCCCAGAGGGGCAAUGCCAUGCACACCACCUUGCCGCCACAGGCAAUUGUGCGAGCCUCACCACCGGGCAUGGUUGUCAGCGCAGCCAGUUUCAAUGGUCGGAAUGCCGGGCUUGGCAACGCCGGCGGCGGUGGGAUCAUGGCCAACAGCAUCGUGGCUACUGGAGGUGGUAUUGGGGGCACUGUACCACCCAAUAUGCGCUACCGUCCCGCUGCCCCAUACCAGUUCGUCAAGAAAUAAUACGGACGGGAGGUAACACCGCCUGCUGCCGUUCGCUGUUUGUUCAACUAUUCCUCACCAUCAUUAAUGUCGUCCCAUCCAGAAGGAUUCACCACCAUACGCCAUCGCCAUGCCCAUCCAAACACCCGCAGUCACUGUCACAGUCAACCUCAUAUUCACAUCCAAACACACACACACACACUUCUCCAAAGGUAGAUGUAGUAAUUAUGAGAACAUUGGAAACUUGUCAUGCAUUGAGUUCAUCAGGAUUUCGGCGGAGUGGAAACCAAAGCGAAACGAAUGAGUAAAUGUAUGUUUAAGAAAACUAGCCUAAGUAGACGAAUGCUCCUAACAUCAAGAACACGACCCAACCAUCCAAAAAUGUAAAAGAAAAACGAAGAAAUGAUAGCAUCCACCCUCACACAAGCACAGGACCUGCUAGAACUCCUUGAGGAUCGGUAUAGGAAUCGGAAUCGGAAUCGGGAUCGGGAUCGGGAUGAGAGAAGUCUGCGAUCUGGAAACUUUGGAAGCGGUGUGUUGGGCUCAGCGAGCAUUUGGAAAUUAAUGAAAAGAAUUGAAGAUGAUGAGUACGGACCGAAUCGAAUGGAUGUAUUCAGGGAUGAUCCUAAUCGAGCCAGAUGUCCUUGUUUUGUUUUUCGUAUAUUAUUAUCACUUUAUUUUAUUAUUGACACAUACGAUGAUUUCAUCAACUUCUAAUUUAUAUCGAUGAUUAUAUAUAUAUACCACUUUAAUGUAAACAUUAAUACGUAUCCUCCCAGCCAGCGCUUAAUCCUUAACUCUGCUUUCUCCGAACCUGCGCCUAAGUUAUUCUACUUUUGUUUACGAUUUGAAGAGGAGGCUUUAUAAUUUUUUUUUUGUAUUUGUUACGUUGCCAGGACAAAGAAACCGACUAAACCGACUUCACAUAAUAUUGUAUAUGCAAGUAUAUAAAAGCUAUAUGAUUUGUAACACUUACAUAGUACACAGACCCACACCGAAUCACGUAUAUAUAAUAUAUUCGAAGCAUCAGCAUAUUCACGUAAAACUUAAACCAAAACCACAUUAGAAUCGCAAAUGAGAAUCUGCAGUCAUAUGUCUAUGUCUAUGCCAGGAUAACCUGGUGGACAUGGCAACCACAUCCGAUAGGAGAGAAUUAAGCAAACACAUGCAUACAUAAUUGUUAUUGUUGUUGAAAGCAACUAAAAUUGUAAUAGAAAUUAUGCAAAUAUACUUACGAAUAUGACGACAAAUGUUAA